AUGAUCGUCCCGGAGGCGCCACGAGCCACGCUCGUUCCUGCCGGCGUCCAACGCGCAGGUCGAUGGCAGCAGUGCCAAGCGGCGUUGAGUGCCGUGUAUCUCAUUGCUUCGAUGGGCAUCGGAUACUACUACUUGCAUCUCGUCCGCUCGAGCCUCGCGAGCGAUCUCUGGUGGCGCGGCUUUACUACCACGGGGGCGCAAACGUUCCUCGGCGAUCUGUACCAUCGACGUUUGCAGCUCAGCACUCCGGUGACGAUGUCGCUGGCGUCGCCGGAGCUCGUCUUGGAGAAGACGUACGCGGGUGCAACCUUUAUGGACAUGAGUCCUUCCUUGUCUCGUCACGUGCUGCUGCGCAAUUUGUCGCUCGAGAGCGUGCUGCCGCCGAUGCGGCGAUCGUCUUUUGCGUGGAACAUUCGCAUGUUCACGCAGUACUGCUGGGUCGAUUGGAACCACACGUACGAGCUCUCGGCGACGGCGGCGCGUCAGCGUCGGUGCUACUUGAAACAAGCCGCCAAUGCCGCGGUGUACUGGGAGCCGCUGCUGCGGAACACGGUCACGCAAGACAUCCUCCUCGGCCCCUACGGCGUCGCCAUGAAUAUCUCGCUCUUCCAGUACAUUGGCGCGACGUCGGCCGGCCACAACUGGCUCGUGUCUCUCAUGCACAACGAGUGGCUGCCGGAAGCAGACGAAGUGGAGCUGUGGAGGCGCGCGGGCUUGACCUACUGGCAGACGGAGCUCACCAACUACUACGAGCAGGGCCUGCAGCAGACGAUCGUUGUCGAGAAUGCACUCGGCAUUCAACAAAAUAUGACGAUUCACCUCAUGGCGCAGAGUUAUCGCGGCCUCGCGCUCUGGACGCUUGCAAGUGCGUACGCCGGUGUUUGGAACGACCUUCUCGAGUGCCAAGCCCGGCGCUGCAGUCUCAUUCGCGGCGCCAACAGCUACUCGGACAAUAUCAAGCAGAAUUGGGAGGUGCUGCUACUCGCCAUCCCUGUCAACAAGACGCUGCCAAAGCUCAUCGACGCCAACAUCGGACCCAUGGCCAGCAUCGACGUACGCAUUGUGCCCCUACCCCCCGCGCUGCAAGCCUACUACGCAAACUACCAACGCUCGAUCGUCGCACCGCUUUUGCUGUCGCCUGUCACGGCGGCUGGCUACAUGCAAGUUCCAGCGCUGGUGGCGGCGGUAUCCCCCCCGGCAUGGCGGGGGGUCAAUAUGACGUACUUUGGGGGCAACCCCAUGUGUCUCAACGCCAAACCCCAGCUUUUCGUGCAAGACCAGUUUGGCUUCUACGAUGCGUGCGACGCCCAAGCGCCCGCAAUUGUCAUUGGAACACGUCCUAGCCUUCUCUUCUCGCUCGCGACACUUGCCGUUACCGACAAAGACAUGCUGCACCGACUCGAUGUCCUCUGCAGCGGUUGUGCUCGAGACGACGGCUAUCACGACUGCAUGGCGACGCUCAAGCCAAUUGCUGCCGUGGUCACCGCCAUGGAUCUCUCAUCCCUCGCGAUCUUCGCAGGGGAUCUGGCGCUAGCAAUGAUGCAGCUGAAUCUCAGCAUGAUUCAGCUGGGUGUGAACGGAACAUCGUCCGUCUUCUUGACCCAACGGACAAUCGCGCAUGGAGAUCCUUGGUCCUUCUUCGGCUGGACAAUGGUCUACGACUGGCUGCAAGGCACGCGGGAGGCAGUCGAGUUCGACACGGACACGGGGGCGUACAUGAUCUUGACACCGCACACAGCGCCGAGCCAACUGCCCGCGAGCCCUCUCGAGCUCCCAAACCAAGUGUGCUCGUACGUGUGGCUCAUCCUUCUUUACUCAAGCUUACUCAUGGGUGUCGUUGCCACCCUCGUCUUGCUCGCAUCUCUCCGGUCCCAUGGUGGCGAAGUCUUUGCUUUUCAUCGCGUCGCAAGCCUCGUGUGGGUUGGGCGGCCCUUCCUCAUGCUCCGGGGCACGGCGGCCCUUGUGAUUCUGAGCACAUCGCCAAUGCAAUUUGCGUCGGCCGAUGGUAUCACUCGCUUCGUCUUUGCGCCUCGCACUCCCUGGGACGUCAUAGUGCUCUCAAGCGAAGCCACAUGGAUCACGUAUGCGCUCGUGGACUUCGCCUUGCCUGUCGCCGAGGUACACGCCAAGUUUGCGGCGCCGCUGAGCGCGCUAAUUGCAUGGCUCGCAACGCUGCUCAUCGAGGUCGUCGCGCCGUACGAAGCGACGGCAACCUUUGAGCAGUCCUGUGAGAUUAUGCAGCUGGGGCUCGCAGCCACGUGUGCGGGAGGUGUCGUGCGCAUCGGCAGUCGCGAUCGCCUCGGGGUGCUGCUCCUUGUGCACGUAAGCAGCGUCAUCGUUUCGUUUCUGGCGGUGAUUGCGUGGCGCCGGCGAGGUCCCAUCUUCAACGUCCGAGGCAGCGACCUCUUGCCGGCGUCGGCGCAGGUGUUUUUGGCGCGUCCUGUGACAUGGCACACGCGGCCGACCACCGUGAUCAUGGCGGGCAUGUUCCCCCUGGCCGGUCGCAUGUUUGUCGUCAACCUCUGGCAAGUACUAACAGUCAACAAUACGCUCCAACUGCCUUCGCAAACCAGCUACUCGAGCAUCCGGAGCUUUUCGCUCUGGAAGUUUGGCUACCUGGAAAUUGGGGGUAUUAUAUACGUCAUCACGUCGGUGGUCGCUAGCUACACGUACAUUUAUAUCUCGUCGACCGCCAUGACCAACGACUUUUGGUGGGCCAACUUUAACGCGAGUGGGCACCAGACGUUCUUGACCAACUGGUUUACACAGCAGUUGCAAACCAGCAAUCAUUUGUCGCGCAUCGAUCUCACCAACCUCAGCUUCAGCGACAACUCCAAUCUCUACAACGUCUCCUCCACGACCGCCGCGGUCCCGAUGCUCUACGCGUCCAUGAUUCAAGACGAAGCCAACUCACUCACAAACGUCAUUGCUGGUCUGCGCUCCAUGGACGGCUGCUUGACGCCUUGGAUUGCCUCGUCCUACUGCUACCUCGACUUUAACCAGACGUGGGAGCUCGCAACCUCGGCGUAUCGUCAGGCCCAAUGUCGAGCGACAGAAACGACCAACGGUGCAGUGUACCUCGAAGGACUGCUUCGCAACGCCAACCAUGAAGAUCUGCAGAGUUGCUGGGGCGACUCGCUUCAAAUUGGUUUCUUCGACUUCCUCGAGACAUCGCUACUAGGUCAAGCGUGGCUCGUCGCGAUGCGAACAAACGCGCUGGACGUGGCUUCCGAGGCGGCCUACUGGCGCCAACACGGCAUCUCGGUCUACGUGACGCAGUGGCAAAACUACAAGGCACUCGGCGUCAUCGAGACAUAUUCGAUCCAGAACGCGUUUGGCAUUUCAUACCCAUUGACGCUCAAGUACUCGAACGGGUCACUGCACACGAACCAGCAGACGUCGUUCAAGAUGCAGUGGCCGCUCGCGAGCUUGCUGUGGGCCGUCGCUUCCAACAGCAGCGGUAUCGGCGGCCGUAGCCUCGUGCGCCAGAGCCCUACCUAUGGGUUUGCGAACGCUACCGUCUUCAUGGCCUUGACUCAAAACGGGACGAUAUCAAGCCCGCUCGAUGUCGGAGGCGAGCUCUUUGUCAAGGCAAUUGGUCCCUUUGGCUCGGUGGACUUGCGACGGGUGGCCUACCCGCCUUCACUCGUGGCUUGGUACACGCGCACGAGAGAAAUCCUGAACCAGCGGCUCGCAUUGGCCAACAGCAGCGUCGUUUCCGCUUUUCGCAGCAUUGGAUCGGCCGUGUCGAUCAGCGCUGCGCCGGCAGCGUGGCGUGAGGGUGUCACCACCAGUGCCUUUCGUGGCGGCGACAUCACGUGUCCGAUCCAAGUGCCAGGCGCGACUGUCAAUGUAUUUUACUCCAACGUCGGCGUCUGCGCCGGCCACAAGGGAGACGUGUUCAUCGUGGAUGGGCUCAUGACGACGCACGCGCUGCUCGCGCUCGGACCCGGCUUUGAAAUCGGCGCUACCUGCGCGCAUGCAACGAUGCAGAGAAGCGUCACAUGCAACGCUGUCUUCGGCGCUUCCCUGCUCUUCCUCUCGAGCCUCUUCACGGUAGACGAAUGGACGACUACGUCGAGCGCGGCCCCCACAGCGCUUCUGCAGAGUGAGUUGCGAGUCGCGAUCGCACAUUUUAUCAACGCGUCAACCGACGAUGGCGUUGGGCGUAUCGAGCUGCGCAAUGCGACCAUCCUCGACCCAAAAGACCCCGGGUUUCACGCGUUUGGCUGGCUCUACCUCCUCGAAUGGCUCCACGGUAUCCGCGAGGUCGUGGAAUUCCAGAGUGCGCACGGAGCCCUCGCCCUUCUCUCGACGCGCAAUGCCGUACACAUUGGGCCAGUGAACGCGCUUGAGAUUCCAGUGAACGUCGCCUUCUUCUGCCGCUGCGAGCUGCUCUACGUGAGCAGCGUCCUUCUGCUUGUGGCGUGCCUCGCGAUCGCGUACAUUGCAGCGACGCGAGGCUGCAUCGAGGGCUUCAACAUGUUCUCGCUGAAUCGCGUCACGGGACUCGUCUGGCUGGGGCGACCGCUGCUCCUGCUGCGCGGCGUCACGGCGCUUUGCCUUCUCUCGACGGCCAAGCUCGACCUCGGUUACUCCAACGGAUUCUUUCACCUCGUGUCGCAGCCGCAGUCGUGGUUCACGACCAUCAUGGCGGCGAGCGAGGCCACGUGGGUUGUGUACCUUCUCAACGACGCCUUCUCGAUCGUGACGCAGCAGUACACCGCCAUUUACGCCGACGUGAGCAGCAUCGCAGUCUGGAUCGCAGCCGCCAUCUGGAGCCUCGUGUCGCCUGUCCAGCAUCAAGUGACGUUGGCGCGCACCUGUGACGCGGUCGCUGUCGACAGCCAGCUCGUGUGCCACGCCGGCAUCUUGGCCAUCGGGGACGUCACGCGGUUCACCGGGCUCCUCGGGCUCGCGGUUGCUCUCGUCUUUGGUACAUACGCGGUGCAGCGCCUCCGGUUUCCACAGCUCCGCGACACGGGUCUGCGUACCACGUUGCUGCACGCAACAGCGUUUCACCACUUCAAGCAGGACGGCUGGGUCUUCCAGAACGUUUACCACAUGGACCGAGCCUCCGCUGCCUUUAACGGACUCUUGAGCCUCCCGUGGGGCUCGAAUGUUCUCGAUAUCAAGACGUGGCGGCUCUACGCUCGGCCUGUGAUCGACAUUGACAAGACGACACCGCCAUACCUCGCGCACACGAUCCCCGCCUACUUGCUCAUUACGACGGCGCUCGGCGUGUACUUUCUUAUUCUUAUCCAGCCCAGCGUCACCAACGACCUGUGGUGGGCCGGCUUUACGACGGCGGGGGCGCAAACCUUCCUCGCCGACGUCUUUCACCGGCGUCUGCAGCUCCAAGCUGAAGCAACGCUACCCCUCUGCGCGCCCGAGGUCCUCGUGGAGAAGAACUACUCGGUCCCGUCCUUCAUCGACAUGCGUCUCUCCAUGUCGCGACAGGUGCUCCUCGCCAACAUCUCGUUUGACGCGGUGAUUCCGGCACUGCGUCAAACCAGUUUUGCGUGGAAUGCACGCAUGUUUGCUCAGUACUGCUGGGUCGAUUGGAACCGGACGUACGAGCUCUCCAUCACGGCCAAGCGCCGGGCGCGCUGCGUCCAUCAGCAAAGAGAGAACGCAGGCGCGUACUGGGAGCCGCUUCUGCGCAACUCGUACAAGCUCGACGUUCUCAACAGCACGUACGGCGUCGCGCUGCAGAUCGUCCUCUUUGACCACAUUCAAAGCUCAGAGUCUGGUGCUGCGUGGUUGAACGAGCUCUGGGCGCACCCAUGGCCAUCGGUGGCGGACGAAAACCACGUCUGGCGCCGCGCUGGCUUGACCUACUGGCAGACGCAGCUCACCAACUACUACGAGCAGGGACUCCAAGAGACGAUCAUGAUUGAGAACGCACUGGGUAUCCGCACGAACGUGACGAUUCAUCUCAUGGCACAAAGCUACCGCGGCCUUCCGCUUUGGUCGCUCGUCAGUGCCUACGAGGGCAUUUGGAACGACAUUGCCGAGUGCCAAGCACGCAACUGCAGCCUCAUCCAUGGUGCCAACAACUACUCGGACAGUAUCAAGCUCGACUGGGAGCGCGUAGUGUACGGACUUAAGCUCGGCACGACGCUGCCCGACCUCAUUGACGCCAACAUGGGCGCCAUGGGCAGCAUCGACGUCUUUUUUGUUCAAACACCGAGCGCCCUCCAGCAGUAUUAUGCAGCAUACCAGGCCGGUGCGGUCGUGCCUCUCCUCAAGAAUGCGCCGGCGGCAGAGAUGUACAAGACGCUAGCGCCACUUACUAUAGACGCGGUGCCUCGGUCGUGGCGCGGCGAUGCUAUGAGCUACUUCACCGGCAACGCGAUGUGCGUGAGUGCAGCACAGCAGCCCUUUGUCCAGGACCAAUUCGGCUUUUACGAUGCAUGUACCGUCCAGAAACCAAGCAUCCUCGUAUUCUCCCGCCAAGCGCUUCUGUUUGCGCUCGUCACAUUCGAGUCCACGUCCAGGGGGCGUGUGGACAUUCCGGCCAUUUGUGGCCUCGCGACAACGACGGACGAUGCGUGCGACGUCUCGCUGGCGACCCUACAGCGCGUCCAGCAUACGAUCCAGUCGCUGCCAUCCACGGAUGUGCUCAGCGCAGCCAUGUCGCAGCUCAACCUGACGCUCAUUCAGCUGGCCAUGAACGGCAGCAGGCCGACCUUUUUAACGCAAACCGUACUGGCCGCCCAAGAUGCGUUUAGCUUUUUCGGCUGGGCGAUGGUCUACGACUGGCUCCAAGGAGACCGCGAGGUCUAUGCCUUCCAGACGGACGAAGGGUCGUACACUCUCAUGUCGCCGUACUUGGCGCCGACGCCAUUUCCAGCCAACGCGCUCGAGCUCCCACAGCAAGCGUGCAAGUACGUCUGGUACAUCCUUGUGUACUCGAGCGCACUCAUGUCACUCGUGGCACUCGCGGUACUCGCGGCAGCCAUGCACGAGAAUCUGCAUGUCACCGGCAUGGACCUCAUUGCGUUUCAUCGCGUCGCGAGCCCGACGUGGGUCGGCCGCCCGUUCCUGCUCCUGCGGGGGGUGGUUGCGCUCACUGUGCUCGCUACGUCGCCUGUCGUCUUUGUGGCUGAAGCCAGCGUCGCGCGAUUCGUGUUUGAGCCGCGUCCGGCCAUCGACGUCAUGGUACUCGCGAGCGAAGGUAGCUGGAUCACGUACGUCGUUGUCGACCUGUUCUUGCCGACGGCCGAGUGCCGCGCUCGCCUCUAUGCCCCGCUUAGCGCUGUCAUGGCUUGGUGUGUCUAUGUCCUUUGGGAAACCAUUCGUCCGUUCGAAGCGUCGCUGCACGUACAACAGACGUGCCGUGUCGUGCAGCUGGGGCUCCGAGCUACGUGCUCGGGCGGCGUUGUGCAGGUUGGCAGCGCCGAGCGCCUCUUCCUGUACGUGUGUGUGGGUUUGCUGAGCAUCCUCGGCGCUUGGCUGCUUGUACGUCUAUGGUGGGGCGCCGAGUGUCCGCCCCGAGGUCGGCAAAGCGAGCUCUUGCCCGCCGCUGCUCAAAUCUUUCUUCUAGCGGCUGCGCGUCCGCUGUGGUUCCAAGACCCGACGACGACGCUCCUCGCUGGUAUCGUUCCGGUCCGCCGCCGCUUUUUCCACGUCAACCUCUGGCAGUUUGUGCGCCUCAAUCCGUUGCUGCUUACAUCAGUGCACCCCAAAGCGAGAACGUCGAAUGUCCCAGUCACCCACGGGCGUCGAACGUCCACAACUGUCCUCGGUAUCGUGUACGUGCUCUUCUCUGUCGGAGGCAGCUUCACGUACAUCUACCUCUCCUCGACCGCCAUGACCAACGACUUUUGGUGGGCCAACUUUAACGCGAGUGGGCACCAAACAUUCUUGACCAACUGGUUUACACAGCAGUUGCAAGCCAGCAACCAUUUGUCGCGCAUCGAUCUCACCAACCUCAGCUUCAGCGACAACUCCAAUCUCUACAACCUCUCCUCAACGACCGCCGCGGUCCCGAUGCUCUACGCGUCCAUGAUUCAAGACGAAGCCAACUCACUCACAAAAGUCAUUGCUGGUCUGCGCUCCAUGGACGGCUGCUUGACGCCUUGGAUUGCCUCGUCCUACUGCUACCUCGACUUUAACCAGACGUGGGAGCUCGCAACCUCGGCGUAUCGUCAGGCUCAAUGUCGAGCGACAGAAACGACCAACGGUGCAGUGUACCUCGAAGGACUGCUUCGCAACGCCAACCAUGAAGAUCUGCACCGCUGCUGGGGCAACUCGCUUGAAAUUGGUUUCUUCGACUACCUCGAGACUUCGCUGCAAGGUCAAGCGUGGCUCGUCGCGAUGCAAACAAAUGCGCUGGACGUGGCUUCCGAGGCGGCCUACUGGCGCCAACACGGCAUCUCAGUCUACGUGACGCAGUGGCAAAACUACAAGGCACUCGGCGUCAUCGAGACAUAUUCGAUCCAGAACGCGUUUGGCAUUUCAUACCCAUUGACGCUCAAGUACUCGAACGGGUCACUGCACACGAACCAGCAGACGUCGUUCAAGAUGCAGUGGCCGCUCGCGAGCUUGCUGUGGGCCGUCGCUUCCAACAGCAGCGGUAUCGGCGGCGACAGUCUUGUGCGCCAGAGUCCGCAGUUUGCGUUUCGCAACGCUAGUAUUGCGACGGCACUCGCGAUGAACAGCACGCUCGAGUACCCACUGGACGUUGGACUGGCCCUCAUUGCUAUGUCUCUGGGUCCUUUCGGUACCAUCGAAAUGCGUCGCAUCGCGUACCCCGCCACACUGCUGGCGUGGCGCCAAGCGCUCCUCGCCACAUUCAACGCCGCUAUGGCGCAGGCGAGCGAUGCGUCGCACGAAGCAUUUCGUGCGAUCGGCGGUAGCGUCUCGUUCACGACCGCUCCUGCGGCGUGGAGCAACCGGCUUCUCGGCGGCGACCUCAUGUGCCCCACGCAGUCGGAGGCGUCGUUUGUCGGUAUUUUCUUCUCGAAUCUUGGCGCCUGUACCUUUUGCAUGGGCGACAACCAGGUGGUCGACGCCCGCUUGGGAAGUCUCGCGCUGCUUGCGUCCGGCCCCAGCGUUGACGUGGCGCAGACGUGUGCGAGUGGGACCCUCGGCACGUCCACGGCCUGUCAGACCUUUCUCUCGGCCACCAAAAGCUACCUCAAGACUGCCUUCUCGAACGCGGCUUGGGCUCGUGUCGCUGCCGCCUCGAUUGCGUCCAAGCACUUUGUCCAAACGCAGCUCCCAGUCGUGCUCGUGCAGUUUAUGGCGAACGCAACAGGGACGCACUUUGUGCAGUCGAGUCUUUUUGACGACGUCGAUCCCGGGUUCCACCUCUUUGGUUGGCUUUACGUCCUCGAGUGGCUGGCUGGCAGUCGCGAAGUCGUCACGUUUUCCAGCGCCGACGGUGCGUACACGGUUCUAUCGGGGCGCAACCCCGUGCACAUUGGACCUGUCAACCCACUCGAAGUGCCCGUUAACGUCGCACUCUACUUCCGCGGCGUCCUCCUCUAUGUGUCGAGCGUUCUCUUCUUCGUUGCGUGUCUCGCUUGCGGCUAUAUCGUCUCGAGCCAUGGCCAUAUCGAAGGCUAUAACAUGCUAGCGCUCAACCGCGUGACCGGUCUCGUCUGGAUCGGCCGACCCCUUAUCUUUCUACGAGGGAUCACCGCCGUCUGUCUUCUCUCGACCGCCAAGCUGGACCUCAUGCAAUCCCAUGGGUUCUUCUACCUCGUCUCGGUGCCCCAGCUGUGGCUCACCACCGUCAUGGCCGCGGGCGAGACCACGUGGCUCGUCUUCAUUUUGAAUGACGCCUUCUCUGUCGCCACACAUCAGUACACCUCGCUCUACGCAGCGCCAAGCAGUCUUCUUGUUUGGCUCGUCGCCGCAAUUUGGACACUCACUUUGCCGGUGGAUCACUACACUGACGUGCACCGAACGUGCAUCGUUCCAGCUGUGGACCUGCAGCUGGUCUGCGACAGCGGCGUCAUCUUCAUUGGCGACUUGAGCAGGUGUCUCGGCCUCCUCGGGCUAGUCGUGGGCCUUGUCAUUGCGAGCUACGGUAUCCAGCGCUUGCGCUUUCCGAACGCGACAGACACGGGUAUACGGUCCCACCUCCUGUACGCAACGGCGUACCACCACUUUAAGCAGGACACGUGGGUUUUCCAUGGGGUGUACCACAUUGACCGCGCCUCGGCCGUCAUCAACGGACUCCUCUCGCUGCAACUGCGCGACCGGCGAAUGUUGCUGCUGGACAUCAAGACGUGGCGGCUUUUUGCCCUGAAUCUAGAGUCGCUCGUGGAGCCGGACUUUCCGCACCUCGGUUCGGCCAUCCCCCUCUAUUAG